GAAAGGCGAUGCCAACGUUAAAGCAGGGAAUUUUGUGUUCCUUGUGUCCUGUGUCGUUUAAGUUGGUAGCAACGCGUGUGGACAGUUUGGCAUUUUGUGAUGUGAGAUUUUUAUUAAAAGUUUUUAUUAUGAUAAAUUAGGGAAAUAGCGAGUAAACAUUAAUGCCAAUCGGAUUAAUUUGGACAAAGAGUGAGAAGUCUUCCAUUUCCAGUGAUCGUGCAAUGCCCCAGAGGCCCAGAAUAGCCCGUAUGCGUCUCUUAAAAUUUGGUUAAGAGAUGAAAAUAAAAAAUGAUGGAAUGCAAAUAAAAACAUUAGAACAUAUGUGAUGUGAGACAUAAUUUAGUGGCAUUAUAAUGAACUGUUCGUGGUGGAAGAUAGUAUUUUGAUAAGUUUAAGGGCUCAUAUUGGCCUAGGACAUGGUAUAAGUGUGAUAGUGUGUGAUGUGCAGCAUGAAAGGAAGGGGAAUGUGUUAGAAGUGCGAAAUGAUCAAAGAGAAGCACGAAAAGGGCUCGGACAGUGUGAAAGAGGAGGCAAGCAGCUCUGAUAAGGAGUCUGCCCCAAGUGCUGAUGUUCGUGUCAAGAAGGAGGAGGAUGCUACUGCCACUGUAGGAAUUAAAAAAGAGCCUGAUACGGGGCCAAUCACAAAAAAUGGUAGUAUUAUCGGUUCGACGAACACCGGCUCUAUGCAAAACAACCCUAUCCGGAAGACUGAGGAGGACUCUGUCAGUGUUAGUGGCACGGAGGCAGGAUCUCUGCCUCUGAAACAGGAAGAAUGUCUGGAUAGUGAUGCGUUUGCCUUGGGUCUCGGUGGCCCUGGCGGCGGAGGCCCGCAUCCAGCUCCUCCAGAUGGGGUGCAGCCCCUGGCCAGCAAUGUCAUCAACAAACAGCCCAGCUCUAUGGAAGUGCACUACAUGCAACAACAAAGUCAGAUCUUUGUCUUCUCAACAGUGCUGGCCAAUUCGGGGGCUGAUGAGGUGCUGCAAGGCAGGUAUCCAUCGAUCAUUGCCUACCAUUGUGCUCAGCCUGGCACCAAAAAGUACUUGGAGAAAAAUCCCCUCAAAGUGAACCAGUUCAGUAGACAGAAUCAAGCCCAGUGGUUUAACAAUUUUGCCAUGAUAAAGAACAAAGGAUGCACGCGCAGUCCUGGUCUUGGACCCAAAGCCACAGCCACCUUGGACAACUUCCUUGGACCUGAAGGACUGGACGACAUGGUCGGCUUAGGAGAUGCAGACCUGCCAUGGGAUCAAAAGAACAACCAUCACCUAGAUGGCCUGGAUGCUGUCAGCAACGGAUUACCUGAUGUGGGACUCAAUAUGAAUGAAUGUAGUCCUUCAUUGUCUAAUGUUCAGCCCUCAUUGCAGGGUGUCAAAGUGCCUGAUGAGAACCUAACGCCGCAGCAGCGGCAACACCGGGAGGAGUCGCUGGCCACCAUCCGCAAGAUGCAGCAGCUCUUUUUUCCAGAGAGCCAAUCCAUGGGGGAUGGAGGAGGAGCAGGAGGAGCUGGCGGCCCGAUGGAUCCGAACAUGGGAGGACCGCAGCAGCAGCAGCAGGGCCCUGGCCCCAAGUCGAUGUCCGCACAACAGGUAGAGUGGCAGAAACUGCAGUCGCAGUACUUCGAAGAUCCGAAGAAGCCGCCGGGUGCGCAAGUACCUGUAGGACCUGUAAGUGGGGGCGGUUCGGUGGGCGGGGGUGGCGCGGCUCCGGUGCCCCGAGGUGGGGCGUCAGGGCCGGGACCGCGUCUGCAGGGCCCUCCGCCGCCCUACCAUCAAACACCUCGUUCGGCCAGUGUUCCGAUCGCGCUGCAAAGCAGUCCAAGCCCUGCGUCCCCCAACAACCCCACGUCGAACCUCUCCUUGCCUUCUCCAAGAGCUUCGUCCGCUCUGAACUCGCCCGCCGAUCCGAACAGACCGUUCGGCAUCGGCCGGCACAUGAGCACUGGACAAAGCCCCACAUCACAAGACUCCCCCUCGGCCCCAAGACUUAAUCACAGCAAUCCCGGUACCCCGCUCUCCUCCCAUUUAUCUCCUAGCGUGACGAGCACUAGCACUGAACCGACAUCGACUCAUCAAUCGUCAGUGGACGGAGGAGGAGGAAUGUUUGGUCGCACCUUGCAAUCCAUGGCACAGCAAAAACAGCAAAUGAGCACAUCAACGAGUUGCGCCACAACCCCGACGUCUGGUGGCCAAGUGAAAGAGCCGAACCUGAUGCCGGUGCCGUCUCCCCAACAAAUCCAGUAUCUCAACACAUUCGAAGGACAGGAAUUGAUCAUACAAAAACAACCUAAUACAAGUCUCAAAGAAGGAAAUAUCAUAUCACCACCGGUUUUGCCCACUUCAAUGGACAGCGGCUUUCCCGGAACAAAUCCAGAUUUGGGACUGAAUAGAGUAUCAGGUCCUAAUACCCCCACCUCCAUAGAUGUGCCGCGCUUUCCUCCAACGCCUGGUGUGCCACAAGACGGAUGCAGAUUUUCAAAUCCAAGCCCACACACACCAACAACACAAGGAGAUAAGCCGCGAAUGGGUCCGACAGCAACGCCGGGCCUUAGUCCCCAGACGGUUCCCGGUCCCGGUUCUGACCCGUUGAAAAAUGAUCUCUUCCCGACGCCGAGUCCACACAUGAUGGACGUGCAGCGGUUUCCCGGUCCGAAUGCUUCUCCAGGUGCUAAAAUGGGAGGAGGGUUUGUGAACGUGUCGCCGCAGGGAAAGCAGCAGCAGCAGCAGCAGCAGCAGCAGCCCAGCCCGAUGGAUCUCCAGAACUACGGUUGCGUCGUGAGAGGGGGCGACAACGUACCGCUCAAUCCGAACUGCACUUCGAGCACGAUGACGGGCAAUCCGAAAGUGUCUCAUUUCGAUCCGAUCUCGUCGUUGGCGCAGAUGAGCCAGCAAUUGACGAACAGCGUGGCCAGCUCGCUGAACGGGCAGGGCGUCAACCAGGGCCCCUCGAUGAUGCACAUGAUGGGCUCGCCGUCCAUGCACAUGAUGGACAUGGGCGUGCCGCCGUGCCACCAGAUGCCCCCCGACAUGGACCCCGGCCCCGGGCCCGGCAUGAUGGGCAUGCAGAUGCAGCAGGGCUUUCAUCCGAACCAAGGGCCCAUGGGCCCCAUACGCUCUCUCUCGCCAAAACUGCAAGGUGCCUUUCCCAACCACAUGCCUAUGCCGCGCAUGAUGGGCCGUCCUCCGGGACCCAACCCCUACAACGGGGCCAACGUUCAAGUGAAACCGAACGCUCCGAACACGAUUCAAUACUUGCCGGCCAAGCCUCAGGGCGGGCAGGCGCCCGGCCCGCCCAGGGGACCGCCCAGCCUGGACUUCCUGACGAGGCUCGCGACCCCGAUGAACAUGAUGGUCGAGCAGAAGAUGGGUCAGCAACAGCCGCCGCCCAACAUGCACUACUUCCAUCAGCAGAACGGGCCGCCGAUGCAAGGCGGCCCGAUGCCGCCGCACAUGGGCGGAGGCCACAUGGACGGCGGCGGCGGCGGCGGGCCGAUGGGCCCGCAGGACCACAUGGGACCGAUGGGCCCGAUGAUCGGCCACAUGGGCAACGGAGGCGGACCGCCGAUGAUGGGCGGAGGGCAGAUGGGCAUGAUGCCCAUGAUGAGGGGAGGCCCGCCGAUGCGGCCGCCGCCCAUGAUGAGAUUGGGCCAGAUGGGCGGCUACAACGGCGGGCCCGGCGGCGGCCACGGCGGCGGGCCGCCGGACAUGUUCCAGCAGCAGCAGCAGCAGCAGCAGGGUCCGGGCGGGCCGAUGGGCAACCCGAACGCGCAGAUGUUCGUCGGCGGGCCGAAGGGCAGCCCCAUGGGCGGACCGAUGGGCGGCGGCGCGCCCGACGCCAGCCAGCCUCUGCCGCCCUCGAUGGGACAGAAUAAUAGCUUUAAGAACAGCCCGUUCGUAGGCCCGACGACUGCCGAUCCCAACUACGCGCAACAGUUUCACAACUUCCAGCAGCAGUUGUACGCGACGAGUACUCGCAGUCAGAUGGGCGGAGGCGGGCAGGGCAUGGGGCCCGGCGGACCGGGCCCGGGCCCCCCGCCGCCGCACAUGCAGCAGCCUCCCUAUUUCAAUCCCAAAUAGCAAAUGUGGUGCUGAGUGCGUGAAUCAGAGGAUUUUCUUUUAUUUUUGAUAUUACUUAAUACUAACUAAUAUGAGUAAUCUGGCAAUAAUAAGAAUGUAAGAAUGAUUUUGUAUAUUACGCAUCGAAUUCAAGUGCAGUUAGCAGUGAGCAGCAGCACUAGCCCCCAUAUGCUGUCAGUCUGCCUGCCCGUCUGCCUGCCUGUCUGCCUGCAUUCAUACUACUCUGGAUUUGUAUAUUUGCCAUAAACUAGAAAGACAAUUAGUAUAAUAUAAGUGUUGGACUACUUGCUUGGUCCUUUUUAUGACGGAGGUUUCACUAUUUUGCUCAUUUGUUUCUAUCAAUCUGUUAUUCGUUUUAUUGUACAUUUUAUGAGUAAACUGAAUGAAAUGAUAACAAUAAAAUUCUAUAUUAUAUAUUCUGUUAUUUUAUUUCGUCUAUCAAUGCCAGAAAACCAA